AUGUCAUCCAGGAAACGUUCAUCUGAGUCAGGCGCUGGCACUGACAAUAGUGUGCGCCCCAAAAAGGCCAAGGUCAACAAUAAUACAGUGGAAGCCAAAACCGACUCUAAUGGAGAUCGCUACUGGGAAAUAUCAAAUAUGCGUCGCGUGACCAUAUCUUCAUUCCGCGGCAAAACCCAGGUUAAUGUCAGAGAAUACUAUGAAAAGGAUGGGCAGCAGUUGCCAGGAAAAAAGGGUAUCUCAAUGCCUGUGGAUCAAUUCGCUGUCAUCAUCUCCAUCCUACCUGGGAUUGAGCAGGCAUUGAAAGAAAACGGGGAAACUCUGCCUCGGCCUGUCUACUCGGCAGAGGGCAGCCAGUCUGAUCAAGGAGAGCAAGGACAGGGCCACUCGGACAACCAAAGUCCAUCAAAGCAGAAUAUCGAGGCGACAAGUGACGAGGAGAGUGAAGCAUAA